GCGCAAGAUAGGGAGGGGGGCGGAUUUCAGGAGCUCUCCACCACAAACGUGUCCUUACACCACAGGAAUGAAGCAAAUCAAACGGACGCCCAGCACACAGUUAUUUCGCAUAACUUUAUGGUUUAUUAUCUAAAUCCGCGUCUUUUUGUUUCUCAUAGACUUAACAGGGAAAGUUUUAUAUCUAAGGAAUACCUGCCAACGAACGGAACGCACUAUCCGCAAACCGUCACACCUUCGCCUCAGUUAAGGAGAUCGGAUCUGCUUUCGGACUGCAUUUUCUUGUUUGUUUCUUUUUUGGGGUGAGGGACAAGUCCCUUGAAGUACGUAUAAUUUUCUUUUACAAAAUGAGUGUGGAUCUCUAGUUCUGUGUCCCGGUUUUCAGUAGGUUUGUGCGGAUCAUCUUCUGAAGUAGUUUUAGUUCCCGUAGACUGUUGUGUUGUCUCCCUUUUCUCUUUUUUGGAUGCUGGAAUUUAAGACUGACAGUCCCGUUCUCUCCUCAUGCCCAUGAAAUCAACUCUCGGAUGGUAAGGAUUCCAGAGAAUGGUAAAUGAUCGAUGGAAAAUCAUGAACAGUGUUUCAGAACUCGAGGAUGGACAGCAGCAUAAAUCGCAGAGGAUGAGCUGUAGCUAUCUCCUAUGCACCAUCCUGCUCUUUGUUGCUGUGUUACUGGCUGUCACAGUAACCGGGAUCAUCCUUCUGAUGAACCAUUACCAAGCGCCCAGCGGCCCGGACGGCCCCCCUCUCAUCAGCACUAACCAGGAUGAAGGUAAUGCCCUGGUAACCAUCGAGAGAAGCGACGGCUCCCGCAUCAACAUCUUCAUUGACCCCAACUGCCCCGACUACAACAAUAACUUCCUGCGUCUGGAGGGUGUGCAGACCUCACUGCUGCACUCGCUCACCGACCAUGACACUGAUCUAAAGUCAGUGAAAGGGCAAGAUCGGGCUCUGCUUGUUAAACUGGCCGAGGAGGUGGCCAAGCUGUCCGCCCAUGCCAGUCAGCUGAAGAUGGAGUACAACGCGCUGAGACAAGGCCAGAGCAACAUUGGACAGGAGCUCAGCACUCUGCAGACCGAACAAGGCCGGCUUAUUCAGCUGCUGUCAGAGAGCCAAAUCAACAUGGUGAAAGUGGUGAACUCUGUGAGCGACGCACUCAGCUCCAUGCAGAAGGAAACCGGAAACAUCAAGAGCCGUGUCAAGGCAGAUCUGCAGAGGGCUCCGGUGCGCAGCGUCCGGCCCAAGGGCUGCGCCGGUGGAGAAGGUUCCAGACCCAGGGAUUGCAGUGACAUCUAUGCCAGCGGGCAAAGAGAGGAUGGUAUCUACUCUGUGUUCCCCACACAUUACCCAGCAGGCUUCCAGGUCUUCUGCGACAUGACUGCUGAUGGGGGCGGAUGGACGGUGAUUCAACGCAGAGAAGAUGGCUCUGUUAACUUUUUCCGUGACUGGGAAGCUUAUCGUGAAGGAUUUGGCAAGAUAACAGGAGAGCAUUGGCUUGGCAUGAAACGAAUCCAUGCACUUACCAUUCAAGCCAACUACGAGCUGAGGAUUGACAUGGAGGACUUCGAGAACAGUACCUCCUUUGCGAAGUAUGGCUCUUUUGGAGUGGGUUUGUUCUCCGUUGACCCCGAUGAGGAUGGCUACCCACUGAGCGUUGCGGACUACUCCGGCACAGCAGGCGACUCGCUGCUCAAACACAACGGGAUGAAAUUCACCACUAAGGACAAGGACAACGACCACUCUGAGAAUAACUGCGCGUCCUUCUACCACGGCGCCUGGUGGUACCGCAACUGCCACACCUCCAACCUCAACGGACAGUACCUGCGCGGCCAACACACCUCGUAUGCCGACGGCAUCGAGUGGUCAUCCUGGACGGGUUGGCAGUACUCGCUGAAGUUCACCGAGAUGAAGAUCAGGCCAACCAAGGAGGAGAAUAAAUGAGUGAGAACUAGAAAACUCGACUAGAAGAGCUCAAAGGUGGCUGUAGGUGUUAGAGACACUCGAUGCAGAAACGCAAGAACUUUCCGGCGACAACUUCUUGCUCAUGUUUCUGUUUCUAUCCAUCUUUCAAACCCUGUUUUCCCACCAUCUUGUAGUGUUUGUGCUAACGCCCAAUGGGCCGAUGUUUUUCUCUUGAUCUACUGUUCACAUCUCUGAAUAUUAUUACAAAACAUUGCAGGUAUUGUCAAAAAUGUACUAAUGGGGGGAAAAAAAACAUAGUUGUUGUCUAAAAAAAAAGAAAAAAAUAAACUUCUGUAGCUGUGAAAUUUAGCAAGAACGUGUAGCUUUUCAUAAAAAUAAAGACUUUUAACUCUUCAGACAUCCGACGGAGAGGCAGCUUGUCCUAUGUUAUUUUCGUUCAGUGCUUAAUCAAUAACUCGUAGUUAAACAUGACAAGGUUGCUAUUGGUGUGUCCAGCCCCUGCUGUAAUAUCUGGGAGGUAACUAGAUUUUGCCACAUGUCGAGUAAAUACGUUAUUGACCACCAGGGAUGCUCAAGGAGAAUAUGUGUCACAGUGGUGGCUUUCAGAGUGAUGGGCCACAACAGGCACAUUUUUCACUCUGACAGGUCAGUCAGUGGAGGGUUUUAUCAAUGGAGAAGCUGAACGUCUCUCAGAAAGCACAAUAACCCUUUGGUGUUACUGCCGGAUAGAAGAGUGCUGGAUUUUAUCUUAUGCACAGUAGGUCAGAUUCACCUGAAAUCACAAUGAAAUGGAUUGACGGAGCUUUAAGGCGUAAACUUGGAGUCUGAAUCUGAGAAUUGAACUUGGGUUGAACCGCUUUUUUUGUUGUUGUGAACAGACCAAAUAUUCUGUUUUAAUAGUCAGAUCAUUUUGCAGAUCAUAUCAGUAGCUUAUUUAGUAGCUCAUUCAUUUGCCAUGAUUAUAUGAUCAUGUAUUAAUUUAAUGUCAUUUGUUUCAGGUAAACUGUGAAGUUCUCAAAAUCUUAUGCUGAAAGGAAUAGUUUACCCUAAAAUGCAAGGGUUCAAGAUUCAAAUUGCAUUUGGGCAUUUAAAGCACGCAUAUUAGGCCUAUAACAAACAGACUGGCAAAAACACCAGUGCUUGGUUGGUUUUUGAGGCUCUUAAAAAUGUGAAAUGAACAUCAAAAUACAUAUAUUUAUACAACAGUUAGUUCUCGACCUCCUUAGUGGGGAUUCUUCAGCGACUCUUUAUGCAUGUUACAUUGUUACACCAGUAGGUCGCAAUUAAUGAGUGAAUCAUUGAUUCAUUUACAUUCGAAAAACAUAGAUUCAUUUGGAAACUAAACAAAAGGCUGUUUUAUGAGUGAACCAUUGAAUCAUUUACUUGCCUGAUUUGUUCAUAAAUAUGUUGGUUCAUUCAGAACGAAAGAGUGAUUAUUUAUACGUCAAUCGCUGAAUCAUUUACUGAUUUAUUCAAAAUAAUGAAUCAUUAAGGAAGAAACGCCACUAUUUGUUUGUUGCUCAGAGGUGUGCAACGAUUCUGUUUUGACUUUGUUUUCAUUGGCGGAGCAAAAAUAAAGUAUCUGGCAAUACAGUAUAAAUUUAUUUAACUGUUGUAUAACAUCAUGAAUGCGAAUGUAACUCGUUUUACUGAUUUUGGUGUAAACUAUUCCUAAUGUUGCUUCUCUUUCUGUUUGUAUUUUUUUUAUCUAUGCAGACUUGGUUCACUAAUUUCUCUCUUUUUUUCAUUUAUGGCACUGACAAUGAGCAUAUGUCAACUUUCCGAACAAUCAACUUGCAAUGUCCUUUUACCCAUUUACAUGUGUUUCAUGAGUCUUUGUAUUAGUAUUAGUAUUUAUCCUGCGAUAUCCAUGUUAACUAACCCAGUGUUUGAAUGUGAAAAUCAGUUUAAUAAGUUUAUUUGUAUCUUUAUAUUUGUUGUGACUGUACAUUGAUUAUCCUAUCAAAGAUGAGCAUUGUCUGCACUUUAAACAGCAACAUCAAAUUACUAAUUUCUGUUUCAAAACGUUUUACAAUCACUUUUAUAUCUGUAUUGGAAUGAAUUUUAAAAAAUUGUUUUAUGAAUCAAAGGAUAACUAAUCCCUCAGAUUAUAAAAAAAAUGCAAAGCAUUUCAAUAUCAGCUAGCUAUAUUCUUCAUUCAUGUUUCAAUGGCCAAUUUACAGUAUAUACUGCAAUGCCAACCCCUACUGAAAACCAAUUCGCCACCGUCAGAGGAGCUCAAAACUACAACAGAGCGAACAGCUGUCACAGCCCAACCAAACUGACGUGUUUUGAUCAAGUUUGUGACACAUUCUUGCUCAAUAAAGAGAACCGCAGUCAUUUCUGUGAGGUGAAAUUGAUUAAGAAGAACAGCGCUAUGUAGAUUGAGUUUCACGGUCAGUUCUCUCUGGAAACCGUAGGAGGUCUUUCAAUGAUCUAGUUGUCCUGAUGUACUAGCAUGCACAUUCAAAACGAAGAGAAAACGCCAAUAAAAAACAUCACCUCACCUCAUCCCGCCAUGUUUUUCUUGCUCUCCACAGGUAUUUUUAAAAGAAAUGUUGUUCUUUUCGGGUAUGAAACUGAUAAAUGUAAGAUACGGACUGAGAUUGGUUUUGUUGCACCAAAGGAGAGAACGUGCGACAGUUACUGUUUUGGGGAAUGACAGAUUCUCAGUUCAUGGCCUCCGUUGCUUUCUGUGAACUUCUUGGAACUCAGGAACCGCUGCCGAUGGCCUCUCAAACUACACCUGUCUGCUGACGGCACUUGCCAGUCAUCCGUGUAAAUAAUUUAACCGUGAAAUUGAGCAUGUCUUGCAGUAUAACAACACCCCAGGAUGACAAGAGGACGUUUUCCUUUCUUUACACAUCCUGCCCUCCCUAACAUCCCCUCAAACCUACAAACCCAUCCUUUCUGACCAGCUAUGAAAGCUAUGAAUGCAGAUAUACUGUACACUAUUAACAUUUGGUAUGCUCUGCUACAUUUUGGGAAUUAUGAUGGACUCAUGUUUCAUUUUAGGUCUUGUAUUAGCAGUAUUUUUUGUUGAUCAUUAAAAUGUGUUCAAUGAGUGACAUUUAAUAAACAUCCACAGUUUUUAACAUA